CUAGUUCCGGUUGUUAUUUGUUAGGUGGGAAAAAGAGCACCUUUACUUUGUUUUUGAACACUAGUAGCAGUGAACAAAUCAACAAUGGAGACUGACGACGACGGAAAAAGGAAAAUGCCAAAAGUGGCUAAGGUUAAGAAUAAAAUGCCAGCACCAGUACAGAUUACAGCUGAACAAUUGCUGAGAGAGGCCAAAGAAAGAGAACUUGAACUUGUCCCACCGCCUCCGAAACAGAAGAUUUCGGAUCCAGAUGAAUUACAAGCAUAUAAAAUGCGGAAAAGGAAGAUGUUUGAAGAUAACAUCAGGAAGAACCGGUCAGUGAUGGUCAACUGGAUCAAAUAUGCACAGUGGGAGGAGGCUCAGAAAGAAAUACAAAGGGCUCGUUCCGUUUGGGAGAGAGCAUUGGACGUGGAUCACAGAACUGUUACUGUGUGGCUUAAAUAUGCUGAAAUGGAAAUGAGAGCAAGACAGGUGAACCAUGCAAGGAAUAUCUGGGACCGCGCCAUUACUAUUCUGCCUCGUGUGAACCAGUUCUGGUACAAGUUCACUUACAUGGAGGAGAUGCUGGGGAACAUAGCAGGUUGUCGUCAGGUGUUUGAGCGCUGGAUGGAAUGGGAGCCGGAGGAACAAGCCUGGCACUCGUACAUCAACUUUGAGCUGCGCUACAAGGAACUGGACCGGGCCAGAAUGAUUUAUGAACGAUUUGUUAUAAUCCACCCAGCUGUAAAAAACUGGAUUAAGUAUGCCAAGUUUGAGGAGAAACACCAGUACAUUAACAGUACCCGACGGGUCUAUGAGAGGGGCGUGGAAUUCUUUGGUGAAGAUAACAUGGAAGAAAAACUUCUAAUUGCUUUUGCAAAAUUUGAGGAGGGACAGAAAGAGCAUGAGAGAGCUAGAGUUAUAUACAAAUACGCUCUUGAUAUCCUCCCGAAGGAACUGUGUACGGAAAUCUACAAAAGCUACACCAUGCAUGAGAAACGUUUUGGAAGCCGGGCCGCAAUUGAGGAUGUUAUUGUCAGUAAACGAAGAUUCAAGUAUGAAGAGGAAGUGACAGAGAACCCACUCAACUAUGAUGCCUGGUUUGAUUAUCUUCGGUUGAUGGAGGCCGACGGAAACACAGAACAGACUAGGGACACAUUUGAGAGAGCGAUUGCGAACAUUCCUCCGUCACAGGAGAAGCGACACUGGCGUCGUUAUAUCUACCUGUGGGUGAACUAUGCUCUGUUUGAGGAGCUGGAGGCGGAGGACUUUGAUCGGACACGAGAAGUCUACAAAGCAUGUCUGGACAUCAUACCACAUAAGAAAUUUACAUUUGCAAAAAUAUGGCUACUCUUCGCACAGUUUGAGAUACGACAGAAAAACUUACAGGGAGCUAGAAGAGUGCUAGGAACAAGUAUCGGAAAGUGUUCGAAGAACAAGCUGUUUCGAGGGUACAUUGAACUAGAGCUACAGCUUAGAGAGUUUGAGAGAUGUCGGAUUCUGUAUGAAAAGUUUGUGGAGUUUGGACCUGAAAACUGUACGACGUGGAUGAAGUAUGCUGAACUUGAGACGAUUCUAGGAGACAUUGACAGGGCACGGGCAGUGUACGAACUAGCCAUCAACCAGUUGAAACUGGACAUGCCCGAGGUCCUGUGGAAGGCCUACAUAGACUUUGAGGUGGAACAAGAGGAGUUAGAUAACACCAGAGUGUUGUAUCGUCGUCUACUGGAGAGGACGCACCAUGUCAAGGUAUGGAUUAGCUUCGCCCAGUUUGAGCGUGGAAACGAGAUAGAUCAGCGUUUACCGAAUGUAAGAGUUGUGUACAAAGAUGCAAAUAAUGCCUUCAGGACGUCUGGUGACAAGGAAGAGCGCCUCAUGCUGUUGGAGUCUUGGGCACAAUUUGAAGUGGAGGAAGGUGAUGACGAAUCACGUAACAGCGUCCGCAAGUUAAUGCCACAGAAGGUGAAAAAACGCAGGAAGAUCCAACUGGAAGACGGGACCGACGGUGGCUGGGAGGAGUAUUAUGACUACAUCUUCCCUGACGAGGAAGCAGCUCAGCCAAACCUCAAACUCCUGGCCAUGGCAAAGAAAUGGAAACAACAACAGGAGACGACAGAGGAGGAGGUGGAGAGCUAACACUCAAGUGUCAUGUUAUAUCACCAUAUUACAGUAAAACCCACAACAACAGGAGACGACGGAGGAGGAGGUGGAGAGCUAACACUUCAAGUGUCAUGUAUAUCACCAUAUCAAUGUCAUAACUCAUGCACAGUGACGUCAUACAUGUGUAUGGGAUAAUUAGACAUGUUACCAGUGUUACGUAUGGGGGAUAUCACAUAUGUCAAAUAUUGUUAGAUAAUUGAUUAUAACAUGUUGGCUGACAUUACAUAUAUUUAGGCACUAUUUAAGCAUUUAACUGCUUUCAGAUGCCAUUCAUAGGAAUUAUGAAUGCCAACUGGACAAACGCAAAUUCAAACUACAUGUGGGAUUUGACUUUGUAGAGUCAGCAUUCAUAUUGACAUUUAAAUGCAAACUGAAAGCAGUUCCAUACUUAUAUUGUCCAUUUUCGAAGUCUGUUUAUUGCAGAAAAUUCAAUAAUACUUACCAAUAGUCAGCAUUAAGUGCAGAAGUGUAUUUAUCACAUUUGAUUGUUCAAUGAAUAGAACAGGUACAUGUCCAGGGAGGGUUAGCGGUAUCCAAACUAACAAUUAUGACAUCACAAUAAUGAUGACGUCAACAAUCAAGUCAUGGCAUUCAUAGCCUGUAUGAAUGCCAUCAGAAUUUGGAAGGGUUAUAUAGUUGUAAUGCCAUAUGAUGGUAAAUAAAUAUACAUGUGUGCUGACAUUACACAUGAUAGAAUGUUUGUGUGUUGGAUAUUACACAUGAUACAAUGUAUGUGUGUCGGAUAUUACACACGAUACAAUGUACGUGUGUCGGAU